GCCAGUGGCGCGCACACGGGAACCCAUAAUAGUUGCUGGUAACUUUUCAAGAACCUCUUUCAAGCCCUCUUUUUGCGGUUUAAAGAGCAGCACUUGCUAUACACAAUGAAAGAAAUUUGGAGGACUUGGCUGCUUUCUGCUUUUACCAUUCUAAGCUUUAUAUCGUGCAUCGAAGGGACCAGUUACCAGAGGCUAGGUACCGGGACAGGACACUCCGGCUCUCCAUAUGGAGCAAGUGGCGCCCGACAUAAGAAUUGGUGUGCUUCCAUCGUAACCAAGAAUGUGAGCUGUUCGGUGUUGGAUGGAACUGAGAGCUAUGUUCAGCCUGAAUACAGAUGUAUCUGGAACUACAAUGUACCCAACUGCCCUGUGGUGGUGAUCUAUCGAACUAUUAACAGACCUAGGUAUAGAGUUGGAUUUAAGAUGGUAACUGAAUUAGAGUGGAAGUGCUGUCCAGGAUACAGUGGUGCAAACUGCAAAGAUGGACAAGCAGAUCGAUCAGUAAUUUCCAGUGUAUUGACUCCUGCUCCAGCAUCAGACACUCACAGCAGAGCACCAAACCAAAAGCAAGUGCCGUUUGAAGGGCAGGACAGAAUGAAUCAGCUUGAGAAUGAAAUUCAGGUACUUACGCAGACAGUACUCAGCCUACAGUCCGUCUUUUCUGAUAAGAUUGAAGGCCUCAAGCAUGACAUCCAGUCAGAAACAAGCAAAAUGUUCAACACGCUGCAGGAUAAUCGUGGACCUGACAGUGCUCGAGGUGCUAAAACUGACAUCAUUUAUCCAUUUGCAAACAUCAGUGACAGCAAAGACAAGUUAGAUAUCCUCCUUUCCUAUUUGGGACUAGAAGAACUUAUGCCAAAACUGAAAGAAGUCAACCAAACUUUAAAGAACAAAACAGAGAUGUUAGAUGAAUUACAUGGUAUGGUGUAUAGUCAUGAUAAACACUUAAAACAGCUACUCGAAACAGUGUCAGAUUCUACAGAUACACCUCCCUCCAAAGACUAUUACCAGGCUUAUAUUGACCAUAAAUUUGAGGCUAUGAGAACAGAGGUACUUGAAGGCCUUGAUAAGAAAAUGGCAGAUCUGAAAAAUGUGUGUGAAUAUAAGCAAUUAUCCUACCAGCAGCAGUUGCAGGGAGGAGAUGAAGAUGCCAGCUACUUAGGAAUAGCAGAGCUUUUAGAUGAAAAAGAAGCAGAUUUAAGAAAAGAGAUCAAUGAACUGAGAAUACAAAUGCAAACACAAUCCAAUCAGGUUGGCUGCUGUGGUACCAUUAGCAGCCUUGAGCAGGAAGUUAGGAACUUAGAUCAAAAGGCUGACAGAAUAGCAGCAGCCAAUGUGUUACUGAAUGUUAGACUAGAUAAUGAACUUGCAUACUUGUCCGUGCCGACAAUUGACAAUCAUUUUAAUGAACGAUUGGAUGAACUUGAUGCUAGGAUUAAUGUAACAGAGAAGAAUGCUGAAGAACAUUGCUUUUAUAUUGAAGAGACUCUCAAAGGCAUUAUAGCAGAUGAAAUAAAUGGAGUAUAUGACAGUUUGGAUAAUAAACUGAAGUCUACCAAAGACAGGUUUAGAGAUACAUUUGUGAGGAUGAACAGUUCUGCAGCUGAGUUUGAGAAUUCUUCUCCAUGGUUUGGCACAGAUACAGAUAAAGAUGUGCUUAAAGCUAAGCUUCAACAUCUUGAAGAGAGAGUACAACAGACUGAGAAUUUAUGUCAGAGGGAAUGUGCAGUCAAAGUGGAACACAGUGAAUCCAUCUCAGUAGAUAUGGAGUCAUACAGAAAUGGUUAUGAAGAUUUGUUUUUCAAACUGUCAAACAACUCGGCUCUACUAAAGCUUUUAAAUGAGACAAUGUAUAAUGAAAUUAAGAUGAUUACACAGAGUAGACCGGACAUCAGAACAGUACAACAUGAUGUAAGCUCUACCAAACUUCACGUUAGUGCCAUUGAAAGGAAUAUUAAGGUACUUGAAAAGGCUGUGGUCAGAUUCCAGCAACAGCUUAUCAGUAUCAACUCUUCAUGGGCAAAGAUGUAUCAAGAUAUGUUUCAGGAUAUACAGAAAAAAUGGAACACUGCUGAUAAUGUCAUAUCCCAUAUGUCACCAAAUGCCAGUCACCUAUAUACUCUUCAACAAAAAAUGGAGCAGCUUAGUAAACGAAUUACAACUGAGCUCCACAACUGCUCACAAAAUAUUCAGGGUACCUCAAAAGGAGCUGCUAAUCUUGACAGCAGGAUAACGCAUGUUGAGAACAUGUGCAGUAAGCUGGAUUUGAUCUCUGGCAGUCUCCAGCGAAUUAAAGAUGGACUCAAUAAACAUGUGACAAGCUUAUGGACCUGUGUCUCCAACUUAAACAGAACCACUACAAGACAUACUGAAGAUAUUUUAGGGCUUAAACAAUCUCUGACUCAUAUCCAGGCAAGUGAUAGAGACCAAAAGGAAACAGAGCCUGCCAACAACCAAACAGAAAAAGACUCUGAAAAAGUGCAAAAUGGUGAUGCUGGUCCUCCUGCACAUCCACAACCACCGAUGCCACCUUUGCCACCAAAAGGUUCACAGCCAGAUGGGGUUAUACUUGAGACAGGCCAUGCUGGUCCACCUGGAAAAGGUGUGAUGUCAGGAUCUGGGCUUCCAAGGAGCGAGGAUGGUCAUCAUGUGGUCAUUGUUUCCAAAGGAGUCGCUGGGGCUCCAGGUUACUCUUUCACAGAUUAUGCAAUUCCAUCUCCAUCUCCAGCUCCAGAUGAAUCUGAAGGAAGAAUUACAGCUCUUGCCCCUGUAUCUUUUUCUGUUGGUCUGAAUGAAAAAUCUGCAGAUGCUGUGGGAGUGAUUCACUUUAACAAAGUGAUGGUAAAUGAUGGUGAACACUACAAUCCCACUACAGGUAUCUUCACUGUCCCCUAUGAAGGUCGCUACCUGAUUGCAGCAGUUCUGGUUUCCGAAAGAGAAGAAAGCAUAGAGGCUGCACUGAUUGUAUCCAAUGUGAGUGUUGCACAGCUGGACACAUCAGGAUACAAAAGAGAAGAACUGGAGUACCACCAACAGUUUUCACGAAAGCAGUGCUGUGGAGGAACAGGCACCUUUCAUAUUAUCCUCAACCUGAAAAGUGGGGAUGAAGUAAGCAUUGUACUGACUGCUGGAAAACUAGCCUACACUACAGUCAGUGAGAUGUAUUCAACAUUUAGUGGUUUUUUUCUGUACCCAAAUAUUCCACUCAGCUAGCCUGGCAAUGACAGUAUGAGAAUCCUGUCCAAAGAUGUUCAAAAGAUAAAAACAUGGAGCCAUAAUAUAUAUGUAUAUGGAUUAUUUUUAUACAGUCUGUAAUUACUAUCCCUUCUGGGGCCAUUCCUUUCCCUAUUGUAAAUCUUUAAAUUGGUUUUAAGUGUGCCUUAAUCAAAAAUUCUAUGGCAAUAUUUCAGUGAAACAUUAUACCAUAUGAACUACUAAAUCUCUUUUCAUAGGUUCCUUGUCCUGGCAGAGUACAUGAAAUGUUAUUUUAUUGAACACCAGAUUGAGGAUGGUCUUUGUAUUUUUGCAGCAAAUUAUUCUAACACCUCAUAAAUAAACAAGAAAGAUGUUAUUGUA